AUGGGUUCAAUUCGGGCAAAGCGAGCUUUGAGGAUUGGUGUCGAUGUUGGAGGCACAAAUACAGAUGCUGUGCUUCUUGACUUAGAUGCAGUUCACCAGCCCAAUCGUGGAGUGCUGGCCUGGCAUAAGACACCAACAACAAGUCCCAAUGUGACUGACGGUAUCGAGACGGCCGUAGGUAACGUGCUGAAACAGGCCGGGAACCACGUGUCAGAGAUUUCCUGUCUCAUUGUUGGAACCACACACUUCUUGAAUGCGGUCAUUGAGCGAGAUGUACAUCGACUGUCGAAAGUGGCUGUAAUUCGACUGUCCAGGAGUUAUACCAGAGACAUCCCUCCCUUUUCGGACUUUCCCCCAGUGCUGGCUGACCUUCUUCACGGCUACCAUGGUUAUGUUGAUGGAGGACUCCACAUCGACGGCGCCCAGGAAGCUCCAAUCAACGAGGAGCAAGUCUUGAAAGAGUGUGAGGCGAUUGAGAAGCUCGGGAUCAAGGCCGUCGUGAUCUCUGGUAUUUUCUCCCCGAUCGAUCAGCAUUUUCACCAGGAGAACCGCGUUCGCGACAUAAUACAAAAGCGACUCAGCAACGUCGACGUUGUUUGCUCUUCCGAGGUCUCGAAUAUCGGUUUAUUGGAAAGAGAAAAUGCGUCUAUAUUGAACGCAUCCAUUCUGGGGUUUGCGAGACGCACGAUUCGUGGCUUUCGUGCUGCCAUGAAGCGGUUGAAGCUCGACUGUACUCUAUUCAUCUCGCAGAACGAUGGUACAGUCCUCGAUUCUGUCUCGGCCGCAAAACUCCCCAUCAAGACAUUCUCGUCGGGUCCCACGAAUUCCAUGCGAGGAGCGGCUUACCUUGGCCUCGGACAACUGGGGCUACAGGGCGAAGAGCGCACUUCGACCAUUGUAAUUGACGUUGGUGGGACAACGACGGAUUGCGGUGUUUUGUUACCAUCAGGAUUUCCUCGCGCAGCAUCAGCCUAUGUCAGUGUCGCAGGUGUAACGAUGAACUUCCCUAUGCCUCAUCUGGAAUCAAUUGGCCUCGGAGGAGGGUCGAUAAUACGCGAACGGGGAAUGGACGUCUCCAUCGGGCCGGAUUCGGUUGGGUACCAGCUGACCACUAGAUCGAGGGUAUUUGGUGGUGAAACCUGUACGGCCACUGAUGUUGCGGUUGCUGGGGGCCUCGCCGUCGGAGAUCCAAAGUUGGUCAGCGAUAUUCAGCCUGAGAUGAUACAGCGCGUUCGGGCUAGGACGAAGAAGAUGCUUGAACGUGUCAUCGACCGGUUGAAGCUCACUCCAGCACCAUUGCCGGUUCUUUUAGUGGGCGGAGGCUCUGUUAUCUGUCCGCUAGAACUCGAAGGGGUAUCUCAAGUUGUGGUGCCAAAGUUCCAUUCCGUUGCUAACGCUGUGGGAGCCGCGAUCUCCAGGGUUUGUGGUUCGCUGGAUGCCAUCUACAGCAUUGCAGAUAUGUCCUUAUCUGAAGUCAUGGAGGACGCAAAGGCCCAAGCUAUUGCAAAAGCCAUGAAAGGAGGAGCCGACUCAAGUACCGUGACGGUGGUUGAAAUCGACACCCUGCCGAUUCCGUACGUUUCUGGACAGAUUCGCGUUCUGGUCAAAGCUGUCGGAGAUCUGUCAUUGGAUUAUGUUGCUGACAGCAAAACCGUCUCCGAGGAGGAAGAUGAACCAGAUGAAGUUUCUACCGAACAAGUCAAAAAUCUCUCAUUGUCUUCGAAGGAAGAGAUUACCAGCGGUAAAUUUGACUUUGACGGAUACCGGCCAUUGGUGAGACGAAACGCGGAAACAGGUGUCCAAGAGUGGAUUGUUUCAGAGACCGACCUUGAGUGGCUCAGUGUAGGAUGUUACAUCCUGGGUUGUGCUGGUGGUGGUUCACCCAAGGCCGAAUUCCUCAAACUCCGCGAUCAGAUUCGAGCAGGUUGUACGGUUCGUAUAAUCGAUAGCUCCUCGUUACAGGAGGAUGCGCUCAUAUAUUGGGGUGGGAUGAUGGGAUCGCCUGCUGUGUCGAUUGAGCGAUUGAACUCUUCGGAGUGCAUAACUGCCGUCGCAGACCUCAUGGAGUAUCUAGGUCACAAAACAUUCGAUGCAGUUAUGGGUCUGGAGAUAGGAGGAGCGAACGGUUUAGAGCCCUUGCUUAUUGGCUCUUCACACGCAUUCAAUCGACCUGUAAUUGAUGCAGACUGGAUGGGUCGAGCAUAUCCGACAUACUGGCAAACCACAAUCGCGGUCUAUGAAAGUGGACAGCUGACCCCGUGCUCAAUUGCAUCGGGUGACGGUAAAACGAUCAUUAUGACGAAGUCGCCUGACGAUGAAAUAGUUGAUCGUGCCUUGCGCGCUUCUUGCUCGGAGAUGGGAUCCAGAGUGGGUAUGGCAGCCAGGCCCACGACGACUGGCCGUGUGAGAUCUUAUGGAGUCAUCAACACUCUUUCGCUUUCCUGGCGUAUCGGCAGGACAGUAGCGCGUGCCCAACAGGAGAGCACCAUUCAUACUAUUGCAGAACAAAUUAUAGACGAAGUUGGCGGUCCCACCACAGCGAAGAUCCUUUUCCGAGGGAAGAUAGUGGCAGUCGAACGAAGAGUUUUCAAAGGACAUUCUUAUGGGGAGAUAACCAUAGCCCAGACGGACGAAGACGAAGAGGAACAGAGUCAUGAGAGAGCAGCAGUUGCCGAAGGAGGGGUGGUCAAGAUCCCAUUCAAGAAUGAAAAUAUAUAUGCAAAGCAUAUCGCCGAUGAUGGAACCGAGACAUACCUGGCAACAGUGCCCGACCUGAUCUCUGUCCUCGACACACAAUCUGGAUGCGCGCUCGGCGUCCCUGAAUUCCGGUAUGGGUUGCUGGUGACGGUACUUGGGAUCACCUGCUCGCCACGGUGGUCAGACACGGAAAGGGGUUUGCAGUAUGGUGGACCGGAAGCAUUCGGAUACAGCAUAGAUUAUCGACCCUUGGGUGUGUUUGUGGAACCGAAGAGCGUUGUUCUUGAAUACGCAGGUGCAACGGCCUGCUCAGAGUGA